UGUCUGCCUUUCCUGAAGCCACUGCCAUGUGUACAGGAAAAUGUGCUCGCUGCCUGGGGCUCUCCCUCAUCCCUCUCUCCCUGAUCUGCAUCAUAGCCAAUGCCCUCCUGCUGGUACCUAAUGGAGAGACCACCUGGACCGACAACCUCAGCUUGCAAGUCUGGCUCAUGGGUGGCUUCAUUGGAGGAGGCCUGAUGGCGCUGUGUCCAGGAAUCGCGGCCGUCCGCGCAGGGGGGAAGGGCUGCUGUGGUGCAGGUUGCUGUGGGAACCGCUGCAGGAUGUUUCGCUCCGUGUUCUCCUCUGCCUUUGGGAUACUUGGUGGCCUCUACUGCCUCUCGGUGUCAGGAGCGGGGCUUCGAAUCGGACCCAAAUGCUUAAUAGACAACGUGUGGGACUACCACUUCCUAGAAACCCAAGGCUCUUACUUGCGCAAUGACACUCUAUGGGAUCUAUGUGAGAAGCCGCCUAAGGUGGUACCCUGGAACGUGACACUCUUCUCUCUGCUGGUGGUCGCCUCAAGUCUGGAAGUAGUGCUGUGUGGAAUACAGGUGGUGAACGCAACCUUGGGCAUAUUCUGUGGCGACUGCCGGAAGAAGGACACAGCUUAGUGAGUUCCGUGGGCUCCCGUGAAUACCUCAUUUCCAGAAGUCUUAGUGGACUACCCACCCUCCGCUUACCUGGAAUAAAAUACUUUUAUUGCUCAAUUUCCUCCUUUGUGGUAUAAGCUGGCCUGAGCACCCUUUCCCAAUUCUGCUUUAGCUUUGGAAGGAGUGCCUGCAGAUGUAGCUAGACCAGUUUUUCUGUUUGUACCCGACUCCCGGCUUCUUAUUUUCUUAACAAAUAGUUACUGUUCUGGAAAUAAAAUACUGUGCUCUCAAGGUGCCAGUGAUGAAAGAUGA